CGUUGACGGCUGACAUUGACAUAUCUCCAAAAUUUUCAGAACUUUCCUAGAAAAUCGAAGUUUUUCUAAUAACAACAUGUCCUUUAAGAUGCAGCAAUUUAUUAAAAAUUCGUGUAAAAUAUCAGUCCAGUGAAAUUAUAUUGCAAAAAGCCCGACGGGGUCUGGCCAUUGCCCAAAUGACUUAGUGUGAAUGAUAAGAGAAGAAUUUGUUUCCGACAGAAAAAAAAAAUUGUUUUUUUUCGUCUCAAAAGUGGAUUGUCUGCUUGUUUGAGUGAUGAAAGCAGGUGGAGGUGGAACUGCUGGUCGGAAGUCGUCUAGUCGACUUGAUAUGCAGAAAAGUGUUGAAGUUCAAGUGGAUAGCGAUUUUGCUCUACUGUUGCCCGGUGGCAUUUAUGAAAUUAAGAAAAUGGAACCGCGACCAAAGAUUCGAACGAUUAUUGUGUUCUGUGUGAUCCUGGCAAUAUCUGGAAUUAUUGGAUUUGGAUACUUUUGUCCGGAUCAGGUUUGUGCCUUGACGAAACGAGAGCUAGCCAAUUCUGAGGUUAGCGCUGCACUGUUGCAAAGCCAUCAUGCGGAGAAGAGUGUACACAAUGCUGUAAAUUCAAAUGUUGGCUUAAGUUAUGAAGAUGUCCUAAAUGAAGACUUUCAAUUUGACAUGGACGCUCACGAUGUCAUGGUAUUUCUGCACAUUCAGAAAACCGGAGGAACAUCGUUCGGAAAACAUUUAGUCAGAGAUCUAGAUCUGAAGAGACCCUGUGAAUGUCAGCGAAAGCGUAAGCGUUGCUAUUGCUUUCGAACGCAUCGCAACGAAAAUUGGCUUUUCUCGCGAUAUUCGACGGGAUGGAAGUGUGGUCUACAUGCAGACUGGACAGAAUUAACUAGUUGUGUCGAUCAAGAGUUGGAUAAGAAUGAGGGGGAGACCGCGAAGCGGCGGUACUUUUACAUAACUUUGCUCAGAAACCCAAUUGUUCGAUAUUUGUCGGAGUUCCGACAUGUUCAACGAGGUGCCACAUGGAAAAGUGCACGACAUUGGUGUCUGGGCAGGCAAGCAACACCCGAAGAGCUGCCGCAGUGUUACUCUGGCGAAAAUUGGUUCGGAGUCGACCUGGACGAAUUCGCUGCGUGUAAAAGCAAUUUAGCAAUAAACCGACAAACGAGAAUGUUAUCUGAUUUGGCUCUGGUUGGGUGUUACAAUCAAUCGUCGAUGACACCGUAUGAACGAGAUCGCAUUAUGUUAGCUAGUGCUAAGCGUAAUCUUGCAGCUAUGUCCUACUUCGGACUGACAGAGUUUCAAAAGAUCUCUCAAUAUGUCUUCGAAGAAACAUUUAAUCUCCGUUUUGCUAUACCAUUCGAGCAGCACAAUGCCACCGUUUCCAGUUCAACUUUGAACAAUCUGAGGCCGGAACAGCGGCAAAAAAUUGAAGACCUGAAUGCACUCGAUACGGAAUUGUAUUCGUUUGCGAAGAAAUUAUUAUUUCAGAGGUUCGAGAGACUCAAAGACAGAGAUGUUAAUUUCGAGACGAGAUUUAAUCAUUUGGGCAGCAUUGCUGGUCGGAAUGGUGUGACUGAAUUUAAUUGGGAUGGUAAUUUGGAAGAGAGUAACGAGCAUUAAGUUGUUAUGAUAGACGGGAGACAUGCAAUCCGUUCUAAUGUUUUAUUUUUUGUAGUUUUUUAAGAGAAUAGUUGAUUCAUAAGUCGGUAUACAGUUUAUUGAUUGGGGUCAUUCAAUGUGCCAUAUGAAGACGUUUCAAAGUGGAAAAACUGAGUUAUCUUUGACGAGUGCUAUUCGCUCUUAUUUGUGGUCAUGCCAUUCGCCCUUGAACGACGAAGUUUUUUGUGUGCAUUUUGUAAGAGAAUUUAGGGCAGAUGAUCGAAGAAAAGCGGGCGUAUGGGUGAAGUCAGUGAGACAAGUUGUUCGUAGCAUUUAAUUAAGGAAGAAAUUUAGAAAAUUGGAUAAUUGAAUAGUUUCAAGAAGGCUUAAAUGAGAAGUGUAGUCGACGAAGGACCGUGAAAGACCGAACGGAUUAUCAGAUCUGUGUUUCAAGAUCACGUUAAGGACCCUUAUAAAUUCAUUCGUAGACGAGGGCGUUCGCAACCCAGAGGAUAAAAUUCAGUCAAAGCUAUAUUUCGAACAAAUCAUGGGAUCUUAUGCCUUGUUCAGCUAUAAAUGUAUCAAAGACAUCACUGCCGAAAAUCCUUUAGUUCUAUGUUGAUGCAUAUAUUCGGCUACGGAAAUAAACUGAGGUCGCUACUUGCAAAAGGACAACGUAAGUUGAUCCAAUCUGUUUCGUUUAAGGCAGUAGAGCUGUGCGAGCAUAAGACGGACACCAAAAAUUUUUCAAUCAGCGUGCAGGAAUUGUUUUUUUUCGGCCCGGGUGGACGUACACAAAAGUUAGGUCUGCUCUAAAUGUCAUAAAAUUAGUCAUUAUAUAGAUUCUGCUCCUGCUACAGAACGUAGAACAUCAGGUGCAUAAUCUCAGUGAGAUGAUUCAUGCCAGUCACGUUGAAUUGCUAUUAAGUGCGAUUGAGACAACUGUGUGUUCGAAGUCGCUAGAGCGAACAGGAUAGAAUCAUUGAAAAAAUUACGGGCUUGAAUAGCAUGAUUCAAGAGCGACGAGUUACAUUGAUACUAAAUCAUUGAUAAAUGCACAUUAAUUGGAACCAAUCAGUGACGUUAAUCUGCAUCACACAAUAAUUACAAAGCAACGAAUGUCUGAUUUUUGUUAAUAUAAUUUAGACCGUAAACGAAUAAAUAUCUCACAGUUGCAGCUGUUUCUCUCUCUAUCUCUCUCUCUCUCUAUCGAAAUGGUUAGAUCAUUUAAUGACUUGAUGGUAAACGUUGUAGCUGUAACGUUAAAUUCAAUAUCAGUGACAGUGAGGAGAUAACAAGUGAAACGAAAGCACUAAAUAUACAAAACAUUUUUUUUUCAUAUUUUAACUUACAAUUACCAAAGACUAAUUUAGUAGACAUAAAUAGAAAGUCGGAUUCGUUUGUUUUAGAUUUAAUUUGUUUUAAUGAAAAUAAAAUUUUUCGUGUUUAUUUGUUUGAAAUGUAAAAUUGUUAACAGAAAAUAAGUCAACAAAACAAUCAAUAUUUAGACGAGAUAAAUUGAAAUUACAAUGACGAUAUAAAACCAAAAAAAAAGAAGAAAAACCUAAAUUUAAGACAACUUUAUGACGACUUGAUUUACAAAUUUAACAAUUUCGUCCAUAUUGGCAGUAUACUCAAAAAUGAAAAACGGAAGGAAUCUAAUUUUACUACGAAAAAUUGAUAUUUAUUUAAGAAAAACCAACAAUUUAUCUCAAAACAGCUAGGUUUAGUGUAUCAAUAUACAUAUACGAUAGAAUCAAAUGAUUUACCAAUGCUUUAAAAACGGACCAGGACUAGUACCAGAUGCCAAUGAAGAUUAUCGUACACUGCGUUAAUUUCACUAGAUUGCAGAAUUUGCAGCAGCUGGUCUUUUACCAGCGCGUGCUAAUGUUUUUGUUUAAAAUCAGUAGUGUUUCAGCCGGUUUAUUCACCAUCACACUUGAAAGUAUAAGUAAUCCGAAAAUACACCAUUGAUGUAAACAGUAGCAUGAGCACCAAUUGGUAAAAGAUCAGCUGUUAAAUUCUGCCGUCGAGUAAAAUUUACCCAUUGUGCUAUAAUGUCUUGAAAAAUCAGAAAGUUCUGCAACUUUUCUACCCUUAUCUGAGUCAUUAUGGUCAUUAGUUCAUCUGAAAUGCCUCGGUGCGCGAUUCCAGGCAUAUUCGACAAACUUUCUUCCUUCUUUUAGCUAAUGCAAAUUUGUAGAGGGAAAUCAGUCUCACUUGUUCGAAAGACAAAAUUGGAAAAUCAUAAGAGCAAACAAAAUCCACAGAGUUCGUUGUAAUACAACUGUGGUUCGAAAACUGUGCUAACUGUUCGAAAACUGUGGUAACUGUUCGAAAAUUGUGGUAACUGUUCGAAAACUGUACUAACGGUUCGGAAACUGUGCUUUUGAAAAUUUUAAAACGAUUUUUCAACAACAAAAAACUAUUCAUUCUAAACAACAGAUAAAAUUGAGUUACCAUUGCUCACUAAUGAUCCUAACAAUCAAUCCUUGUUCAACAUUUCUGUACUCUGAAUUUACCCUAGGAGACACAAGUUCGGUGAUGAAAAUGCAAAAACUCGGAACAAUCAAGCUCAUUCACACUAUACAGUAAUUGUUAGAAUGAACACUGUAUCGUAUUCAACUGAAAGAACUUUUGAUGAUGUUGCAGGGGACGCCAAUGAAACUUAAACUUAAAUUUUCCUCAACUGUUUUUCAUCUGGUUCACUCUUAUGCAUCUUCAUACAGUUUUAUCACAGGUGACUAUUUCAUCCGUAUCCUGUUGACGCAAAUUCGCUAUAAAAGACCCAGCACAUUUUCUUGUGUAUUAUCUUGUCCACAGUGCAUUGAAAUUUACCUCUGGUCUUAAAUCGACAAGGUAACUUUUGCAUGAAUAGAACUAGUGCAAUUUUCUGACAACAAAAAUCUUUGAAAGACAAUUGGAGUGCAUAAACUAUUGAAACUGGAAAAGGGUUUAAGUUUCAGAUUGGGUUCAGAUGACCCAAUGAUUCAUAAAUUUCUUUGAUGUCCUUCGACAUAGGUAAAUCAUUUGUGUUCGUUGAAAACUGCAGCUAUAUUGAAAAACAAAAUUUAAUAGACUAAAACAAUAACCUCAUUUAAUUUAGCAUAAAAUUCGGUUUGUGAGAUUCGUGAAAUGUAUGCAUCGAUGCGCAGUUUGUGUGGCAAAAACAUAGAAAGUGUUAAAGCAUGGAUGUAACUUUGCAGCUUUGACUGCUUCAGAAAAGAUUGUCACGCGAAUUAGCAUGAAAGUAGUCGAAUCAAAAUAGUGAAUUAAACGUGAUUCUGUAUCGUAUAAUUCUAUUGAAACCAAAAAUGACAGAAAUGACUUAAAGCACAACUCAUUUAUCGCAUCAUCAACACUAAAACACAAAAAAAGGACUCGAAACACAAUUACCUACGGAAAUGAAUUAAUAAGAAAAACUAAAAACUUAUAGAAUAUUCACGGUUAAUAAGUUAACACAACACAAUUUAAUAGCUCGAUUCUGGUCAGAGUUCGUCGGCAAUGAUUUAAAGAGUGAGUAGGCGAAUUCGUCGACCAAUUGAAAUACAUCGGUUAUCGGAUAUUCAAAUGUUUAGUACCAUUCGACAGCCAUGCUGAGAAAAUCAUGGAACUACUUUUGCUCCUAGGCUCUCAUUUCUCGGUUCUAGAAGAUUGAGAAGUGAAGAAUGAUCAUUCCCAGUCGUGAAUUUAGGUCACAAGUCGCAGUCAAAUUUCAAUUAUUAUUUUUCAAUCGUGACUCGGGUUUAUAAUGGUAGUGUGGACUGGAUCGUGUUGCAAGGAGAGACCAAAAAUUUUCGAUCAUUAAUUUCUAAAAAGUAGUUGUUCGGGGGCAUCGACAAUUUUUUCCGCUUCACUGUGAUUUUUAAGUUUUUUUUAUUCAAAAGCUGUCACGGUCAGACAAGCAGCGGACACAUUUUUUUUUACAGUUUUAGUUAAUGGAGACUUUGGGCUACAAGACUCCAUUCGACUGCCAGUGGUGCUACUGCUCCCAGGCAUUAUAUCAGCAGAAAUAUUUUGUAUUUUUUAGAUAAGGUUGUCACAACCUCAACAUCCACAUUUUUCAUAAUCUUUAUCCCCUAUAAUAUCACGAUAUGUCAACAAAGUACGAUUUUGUAUGUAGAAGUCAUUUUAAUUUGAGUUAACAGGGUGAAUUUUUCUAUAAGAAAACAUACUUUUAAGCAUUUUAGAACCGAAAUGAAUGAACCUGUGGGCAAAAUUCUAUACAAAAUGGUCGACUAAUUCGUAAUUUAACUCUUAAAUGUCGGAGAAAAAUUCAUCUCGAUAAACUUGUGUCGCCUCGAGACUAUAGUUUUUUGCCGGUUUUAUCGAAGAAAUUUUUCAGGCUCGAUAAACUCUGAUGGAACGCACACUUUAUAAUAACAAUAAUAGAUUACAUCAAUAUGGUCUCGUAAAGGAAUAUUAUAGUUGAAUAUUUUAGUGAAGAAAAUGCAACAGAAAAACUGUCCAAAAAAAUAAUUAAUGUAAAUAGUUGUAACAUUAGACUUAGAAUCUGGAAUAAAUAUUUUCUAUAUAAACAUUUAGGUACACUAGUUAACGAUAAUGUAGAAAUUAAAAAAACAAUUGUUUUCUGUAGAACAAAGAGAGUUAAAACCCAAUUUUAUGUUUUGUGUAAAUAAUAUUUUGGCUUUGUGUUUAGUCAUGGAAAGAAAGUUAUGAAAAUAAUGGAAUUCAAAAAAUUCAUUGAAAACUCAAUAAACUGAAAAAUAAAAUGAAUAAAA